CUCUCACUCUCUCUGGUGUCUGAGAAGGGAAAGGCAGGCUAGAAAAGAAACAGAGGAAUCUUAAGGGGUGAAAGACAGAGGGACUUGGCUUGAUUGAGUUUAAAGCACUUGACCCACUUGCAGAUGGCAUAGAGAUAGAAAACGGAGGCCAGCUAUGUUAAGGUAGUGCUCUUCGAGAUUCUGUCCUGUGAGGUUCACUUUUGGAGUACUUUUUUAAUUUAAUUCUGUUUGUUUUUAUUUUUAUUUUUACCCCACCUGUUCAAAUUGUAACUUCAAAUUUAAACUUGUUUAAAAAGGAUUUUUUCAAGCAUAUGCAAAAAGUUUUUUUUUUUUUCUUACAAAUUUGGGUCACGUAAAUGGUUAAUGAUAGAUGGCCCAAUGCUCCGAUACUUUGGCACCUUUGGUGGACAGCAAAACUAUUAGAAAACUUAUAUUUCAAAGAACAAGACCAUUGUGAUAUUCAAGAACCUUGGACUUUGGAAAGUUUUCCUCUUUUCUUGGCAGAUCCCAUGAAGGCUUCUUUUCCCCCUCAUUCUUUGUAUAGCUGUGCCAUAAUGCACAUCAACUUCUCCACCCUCAGUAAGGGUCUUUAGCAAGGUCUCAUGACUUGUCAAAUCUGUAGCCUGCAUGUGUGUUGCAGGAAGCUGCAGUCUGUUUCACACUCUUUUAUUCAAAGAUGUAUGCAGAUCAUUUCCAACCCAUACUUGCUCGACUCGAUUUCACUAGUGCGGGUACAGGGAGUGCGCAAGGGGUAUUUUUAUUCACAGAUGACGCCCAGUGUCUGAAUAAUGCACAGACAAGGCUCCUUGUCUCACUGGGGUGAGGCUGUUUUUUAUUGUCUUGUUAAGACAUUUGUACCCACCAUAAACCAGUUAACCCUGUGUAUGGUUAAAUAACCUGACAGGGUCGUUUCAGGUCAGCAUUUAUGAUGGGAAUGUAUGUCAACUUCAUGCCAAAACACAUCAAGCAGUAUUUUUUUUUUAAUUACAUUAGUAAACUAAUGCCUGUUUUUUUUUUUUUUUUUGCACUGAACACUUCUACUGCUAUAUAAUUUUUUAAAAUGGACUUAAUUGAAUAUUAGUUUUGUUUAACUAAAAUGUAAAUGCAUAUCUGUGCUUUCGAACACGAACUUUUAAUUGCUAGAUGUUAAUUGCAAGUGUGAAUUGGUUAGUUUUUAUGCACUUGCUUAUAGGAAACAUUUAACAUCUAAAUGCUUGGCACUGAUGGAGGUGUGGCAUGCCUAGAACCAAGCAGGAACACCAUCUGACUGUAGAAAAGUUAAGUAAAAUAGUGGUCGCUUGUGAGAAAUGUAUACUCGGAAAUAUGUGAAUGUGUGUCCUUUUGCAGAGUAUACAGAAAUGUAUAGGUGCUGGGGCAAAGGAAGUGACUGUUCACUAAAGAGUGAGAUUCAGGCUAAAGUAAUCCCUGAGCUUUUUGAACACACUUUGAGUUGGCUCUCUGUAUGAGAUUUAGUUUUAUUACAUUUGAGGGGCAGUGUGCUGGGUGGGCCAUUGUGAAGCAUUUUUAAAGUGAUCAAAUUAAAGACACUGAUGCUGCAAGAUGGGCUGCUGCAAGCUAGCGUCACUCUCGUAAUCAGAGAGCUCAUCUCAUUAUUCUCUCAUUGUGCUCUUUAAAAGGCCUUCUUCCACUUGUCCUUAUCUGCCGAGAGUCUGUCGACACAAUGAGUGAGGCCAUCCUCUUGGUUUCCUUGACAGUAAUAUGGAAUCCAAUUUCUUUAAGUUUAUGCUCUCGCCCCAUUCGCUAUUGUAAAUCUUGACCUCCAGCAGGUGGAGGAGACCUUGACAUACAUAAUGUGAUCAUUCAAAAAUAUGCUGUGAGGUAGAACUGAAAAAGAAAUCCUGGGUGGGUAGUUGUGUCUUUUUGCCGCCUCAGCAGAGGCUGAAGAGGGAAGUGGAAGCUGUGGUGGACUGGUGGUGGAGUGUACAGUGCAGUGUCUGGGAGAGCUGGUCAUCUGAUAACAAGAGCGGGUUCUGUUACACCAUUACCAGAGUCACACAGGAAGUCUUCUUCCGCCCCACCGGCUGGGCUGCCGCAGCAGCAAAAGAGCGACAUAGGCUGUGGCCUGAGCACAAGGGCACUGGAAACACUGCCGCCAUUAGUCCAUUAUGUUUCUGUUUCAUGUGUUGGUGUGCUCUCUCAUUCCUUGUUUCCUGGCCGAGUCACAGAUUGUCCAGAAGACUAAUAGAUGCUGUGGGCAGCUCAAAGAGGCAGGGAGUUAGGCCUGGAAAAGUUUUGUCAAAGAAUGAGGGGGUGUCAUGAUAUUUUCACACAUAGGCUUCAUCUUCCAAUAAAGCUGUUGCUGGUCUAGAAUAAUUGUAGGCAUGUUGUUGCAUUCAAAGUUGGAUCUCUUGCCAUAUCUGCUCUACCUCUUGCCGUCUACUCUGCUCCUAUCUGAAAAUACUUCCGGAACGAAGACCUUUGAUUUUCCACCAUAAAGUCUGAGGCCUGUGCGUGCGGCCAGCAGAAGAGGUCUGGAAAUGAGACGUUGGGGCUGUUGCAUGGCCCCUGUCACCCAUAGCCAUGAAUAAGUGAUGAAGAAUGUUGGGAGCCCUGAGAAGGUGUCAGGAUCAGACAGGCAGACGGACAGGCGGCAGAACGGACGGACGGGCGGCGGCUGCGAUUGGCGGCUCGGCGGCAGGCUGGUGGAAAAUGUCGUCAGGAGCUGGUGGGCGGGGAAGACAGCAAUGUAGAGCCUCCGGGAGUUCAGGCGUGGUGGAGGAAGGUCCAGUGGGCAUCCCCUUCCCUGAGCACAGUGCUGACCUGCUGGGCAGUCUUAACCAGCAAAGGCUAAGUGGGCUGUUGUGUGAUGUGUUGCUAGUGGCCCAAGAGAGAGAAUUCCCUGCCCACCGCUCCGUAUUGGCCUCCUGCAGCACCUACUUCCACAAGCUUUUCACCUCAGGUCUGGCUGCUGACCGUCAGAGAGUCUAUGCGCUGGACUUUGUGCGGCCUGAGGCGCUGGCCGCCCUCUUGGACUUUGCUUACACAGCCACACUCACAGUCAGCCACAACAGUGUGGUUGACAUCCUAAGCGCCGCUCGUGUGCUCGAGAUCUCACCCAUCCAAGAUGUCUGCACACACCUGCUGGACACCAAAGUGCUCUCCCCGCCGGCGGGCAGUGAGCAAGAAGAUAACGAGGAAGAAGAAGAGCGAGGAAAGAAUGGAAGAGAGCAGGGCAUCCGGCUGCGUGCCCGCGAGUACCUGGAGUUCUUCCAGAGGGGGGCGCAUUGGGGUAGCAGCUGCAGCACGCCAGAGCUCAGGGACCUGCCCACACACCUGCACUUUAGCCAACGCAACAGCGCUGACAGUAAUGGCACGCCCACCGGCCCUGCUGACUGCUAUUCCCCACUGGCCCAAGUCCUAAAGCAGCCGCCUCAUGAACCUGAAGACGACGAUGCCGAUGAGGAAUGCCAUGACAGAGCUUUGGCUCAAGGGAAAGGUGCACAGGCUCUGAUGUCCUUUUAUGCUCCCACACAGAAUGGACAUUUCUACCUCCAUCAAGCAGAGCCCAAAUCAGAAAGGGAGUUGGAGGUGGCAGGCGAGCGGGAACAUGAGCGAGGCCCGGCCAGUGCUUUGCUACAACAGAUGAUGGACUCUUUAGAGCGGAAAAGGGAGCAGCCCACAACAGGUGGUGGGGGUGAGGAGGACGGGCCGGAGGGUGAAGAGCCGGAUGUGGAAUUUUACUUGAAGUACUUCAAUAGUGCGCAGCACGAAGAGUCCGCCAGUGCCCCCAUCUCACCAAGUCUGCUACCACUGUGGUCGAUGAGGGGCAGUGGAAGUGGGAACCAAGCGACUGGAGGUGUUAACAGUGGUGAAAGGAAAAUGCGCUCUAAGGCCUUCCAGAAGUGCCCCAUCUGCUCCAAGGUCAUCCAAGGCGCAGGCAAGCUUCCACGCCACAUCCGUACACACACAGGAGAAAAGCCCUACGAGUGCGCCAUCUGCAAAGUGCGAUUCACAAGGCAGGACAAGCUAAAGGUUCACAUGCGCAAACAUACGGGAGAGAAGCCUUACCUGUGUACUCAGUGUGGUGCCGCCUUCGCCCAUAACUACGAUCUGAAGAAUCACAUGCGCGUGCACACGGGCCUGCGUCCCUACCAGUGCUCCAGCUGUUUUAAAACCUUUGUGCGCUCAGACCACCUCCACCGUCAUCUCAAGAAAGACGGCUGCAACGGCAUCCCAUCCCGACGAGGCCGCAAGCCACGCAUACGAGAUCCUGAGCUCCUGGAAGGUCCUCUGGAACUCCAUGGUCCAGAAGCAGAUAUUGAGAGAGGUCGACGGUGUCUAGAUGGGGGCAGCGGAACAUCGCUCAUUGAGGAAAAUCAUGGUAGUCGCAACACACACAGCCCCGUUGCUGAUGGGGAAGGUAGCGAAGAUUUUACCUUAGGACACAGGGACUCUGCAACUACAUGAAUCAAACUUCGUUAGAGAGGUCUUAACUCAAAAACCAGAGGAAGAAUAAAACAGAAAAAUAAGAAACAAACAAAAAAAACUUAAAACUACAUGGUCCUCUUUAAAAAAACAAAUCAGGGUGUCACGCAAAUCUAAUCUCCUAGUUUCUUUUUCUCCUUUUUAGCUUUUGCAUUCCGCAUAGAGACUUAACCAUCGAGUUAUUGGUCUGUUGAAAGAGUGAAGAGCACUUCAAACCACUCACCCGUGCUGUCACCAUCUUUCUGGGUCUUUUUGUUAGUCUUUUUUGUAACAUUGGCAUAAUGGCCUAGCCAUAUGCGUACGAGAAAAAGCUACUAUGCAGUUAAAAUAUGUUCCUCAUCUCUGGGUUGCAUCUAUAGGGCCUUGUCUCAAAAUUGUUAGGUGUCAAACACCAUGCUGACUGCUGUUUCAGCAGGUUAGCUAUGAAUGGUUUAAGAUGUGACCAAGGCAACCAAUAAAUCUCUUUUUCUAAUGCAAUGAGCAACAUGUACAUACACUAUGAAAAUAAUUAUAUUGUCUCAGAUUGCAAUAUAUGCAAUAUUCUGAUGCAGCACCUUUUUUUCUAAAUGUUUCAGAAAGAAUCAGACAGGGGUUUGAUUUAAAGUGUUACUUUCUCUAUAAAAUAUGUUUUUUGAGAAUUUGUCUGUUUAUGAUUUAAAAGGUUAACUUUUUGAGUAAAAUCCACAUACUCAUUAAUUUGUUUCAGGCAGGGAGAGGGUAAGAAAAGGGAUGAGGUCCUGUGUUUUUAAAGCACUACCUUCAUCUGAUCGCCACUGGGCACAAUCAUGUUAAAUCUUACCUCUCACGGGCCUGCUUUUCCUUACUGGCAGUCUUACUUGCAUCAUUCUUUCUUAUUUUUGGGAUUGUCUUAAUAUUUGUUCAUUAUUGAUGUUUUUUUUUUUCCUUUGAGUUGACUAUUUUGGGUACUUGACACUUUACAUUUGUAUACGUGUGUAUAUAUUAGGUUGUAAUGUUAUGAAACCCUUUAUAAGAGAUAUAUUGCAGAUAGAUAGGGUUACAUCUUCCUUCAGCUUCACUCCAGGUUUCUUACUGAGUUAAGUUUGCAGGGGGGAAUACGCUGUUUUAGAGCAUUCUAAUUGAGAAACCCAUUUUUCCUAAACUGCACUCAAUCAAACCUAGAAGUUUCAUCCCAAAGUAUGAAUUGUGAUAAACUUCAUUUUGAGUGUUUCCGCAGGAGUGAAACUGUAUGCAACAGAGGAGUGAGGGCACCACUGUUACAAACAGCUGGUGAUUACCUAGGCAGGGAAUCUUUUAUUUGUUUUUUUUGUUGACAGAAAGAGAGAUAGAGAGACGAGCAACUUUUUAUGCAUUUGAACAGCUUUACUAAAGAUAUCCAACAGAGAGAGAGAAAUAUAUAUUUAAGGAGGCAGUUUGGGUUGGCAAGAAACAAAGUGCUUAUUCAAUUUCUUUGCCCAAGGGACCACGUAAAAAAAACCUAAAAAAAACUGAGCGUUAAGGUGAGCAAUAAAUUAAUGUCCAAGAUAAUGUCCAAAUAAGCACACAACUGUAGCAGAGUACGGAGGGUCCAGUUUUUAGUGUACAUCAUCCAUUAAUGCAAUAUAUACAAUGAGAUCAAAUAGCUAUACAUACAUUAUUACUCCUUUCAUGAUGCAAACGACUGGCAGAGGGUUUGGGAGAAAGUUUCCUAAAUACUGAGACUGUUAUUAUGAAGUAAUAUGUGCUUCCCUGUGUAGAUGAGAAAGGGUGCAACUACGUCCUAUGGCCACAUCAGAGCCAGAUGACUCACUGAGAGGGGCCUGGAGCAUCAGCAGGCACUUUGUGGGCAUGUCUAGACAGGCUCCCCCCAAAAUCCAGCAGAGUGGGUGCUUUGGUUAAGUUAGGACUCUUGUUUAAAUAAGGCAAAUAUGAGGGCAAGACUUGACAAAGGCAGAUCCUUUUAUUGCUAAUAAAGUGGUGGAUUUGAAAGGAACUUACCAGGCACAUGCAUCCAAAGAGCAGCUCGUUUUUGAUCCUUACUGGAUCAUUCAAGUGGAUCUCGCGCACAUGAUAUUGUGGCGACUGAGAGGACGUUUUCAGUAUCGUUCCUUCUGCCUCUGCAGUGCUAUACCCUGUUUAUCAGUCUUUUGCACCUUAAUAAGAAAAAAGCAAGAUCUGAAUGCACUUUGUUAUGAAGAAGGGCACUUUUUCGUCGAAAGAAACGGGUAUUUGUGACAAAAGAGCAAAUGUGAUUAUAAAAAAAAAAAGGCCCAUUCAAGUGAUGAUGCUUGGCUUGUUUUUUUGUUUUUGGCUUGUUUAUUUGCGUUGCUUUCGUUUAGGUCUUGACACCGAGCUGCCAAAAACAUUCACAGACACUUGAGAAGAGAAAGGGGCAGGGUGAAGACAUUGUGUUGUUAGAGGAUGUAGGUUGAUGUGAUGUUAACUGAAAAAAGCAACAAGGAGAAAUACCCCUCAAAAAGAAAUAUAUAUAUAAGCCUAAUGACCAAUUGCACUUAAAGUUAAAAGAUGAUAAAAGGUUGAAGAGUUCUCUGUUUUGUCUUAAUACAGAGAAGAGAAGCGAGAGAUAUGGCAGCAUGUGAGCGUCUACAUGGUUUUAUGUAAGAUGUAUAAGUUACAUACUCCAUUUAAACCGUUUAGUUUCUGUCUGUGCAUUACAGUCUCUGAACAUCCAUCAAGAAGUGUCGUAGUCACUUUAAAUAUGGUGUGAAAGGCCACACCUUAAGCAUCACACUACAGUUAGUUACAACGUUUUUGACUGGAUGACACAGCAGAAUUAAUCCAUCUGGAAAUGUUAGUGUGUGAGCGUGUUUUCAUACCCCAAAACACACUGCGUUAGUAUUACAUCAUGUCUGCAUAGGUUUGUGUGGUUACACAUUGACCAAGGCCAGCUCUGGUGUAAUUAUCAAUUCUGUUUCACUUAUGGCCUGCGAUCAUCCAAUAUGAAGUCCACAGUAGAUGUUAAAUUUGUUCGUAAGGACAUUUCGGACCUUUGCCACGACCCAAAUGUAUCCUCCCUCAUUACAGAAGCAGAAGUUGGAGUGGAAUUGUUGGGGGAAAAGCUUACUUGAGUUUAUUUUCUGUCUUAUUGCUGUUCUUUUUUUCUGUGAUCUUUAGUGUGAGAGUUUAAAACUUGCAAUGCUUCUUUUGUUUUAUUUUAAAAUGUGUUGCUUUGGCUUAUUUUUUUUAAGCAAAGAUAAAUUUGUCGUAUGUGUGGGUGGGGUUAAGAAACGGGGAGGGGCAAUGGGUUAAAUGGUGGUGGAUAAUGGGUGGGUGGCAGGUACAAAGCUUGAUAGCACUGGAAAUGUUGCUCUAGAUGAGAAAGAGUUUUUGCACUAAAAGUCACUCAUGUCCUUGUGCUUGUCCUUGGAGGAUGGGGACUGGAGAACCGGGAAAGGCCUUUUAGUUUCUGUGAAUGCAGAGCCCAUUAAAUCUCCUCAAUUGACCAGCUGAAAACCAAAGUUGGCAAAGACUUGGAUUACUUGAAGUUUCUAGACCGUUCAAAAAAAUAGAUUUUGAAUCUUACAUUAUCCUCAACAACGUAAAACAAAAUUUCUCCAGUCCAGUAUAGGUCGAGAGUCCAGGGCAAUGGCAACUGAAGUAAGUUGCUUGAGGAAAGAAACAGUAUUCAAGUAGUGGCUUAUUUCCAAUGGUUAACAGGAUCAAACCUUAAGCAUCUGUGUCUACGUAGCAGUUUGGUAGAGUUAUUAGAGGUCUGUGAGUUCACAGGAACUAAUUGGCUUUGUCUGGAGAGGGGCAUAAGCUUUGUUCAAUGGGUCCAAAAGGAAUCAGCAGCAGAAUCUUGAAGCUUGCUAUGUGGAGAAGGAUUGUGGAGAGAAUGUGCCUUAACAUGAAAGGAGAUUGGGAGGAUUCCUCCAAAGAUGGCUUCCAUUCCCGCUUCCCAAAUGAUUCUUGAAUACUUGUGUCAGAUAUUAAAUGCGGUUAAAAUAAAUGUUUUAUUGUGGACAUUUCUAAGAACCAAAAGGUUGUUUGUCCAGAGCUUGUCUAAUACACCUCAACUUGUAAAUACAAACCAAUUCUUAAAGUUGUCUCUUGGGAAAAGUGAGUAAGGAGACCCUGGCAUCUUCCAUUUAGUGCUGUUUAUUGCUUCCACCCCAAUGACGGACACUACACUGAGAAAGUGUCUCAAAAAUCCAUUUACAUGACUUUAGAAGAUCCAUGUAUGUAAUAUCCAAAUCUUAAUCUGUUUUGUGUCUUUAUUUGUUUAAUUUAUUUGACAGUAUGUCAAAAAGCAUUAAAGAUUACAAUGACAGUGAUAACUGUAAUAAUCAUGGAAGAUAUUUUGGUUGCUUUUUAGAUGUUCUGGAUGGGUCGAAGCACAACUAGCUGAGGAUAACAAAAUGCAUGGCUAGAUUCACACAGUUGUUCUCACCUGUCCCACUGCUGUUUGAUGCCCAGUGGGCACUUUGCACAAGGAGUGGCUCACGGGCAGUGGGUACUAGUUUGCACAGAUCGGGGAGGGUGGGUAGAAUUUUUUGUGCAGUUGGGAAAGGCAGUGUUGUCUUAUAGCAGGCUUGGGAGAGCCUUUGUCAGGUAUUGCUGUGCCAUUAUGUGUACCUAAGGAAUUAUAGCCAUCUAAAUCUUUGACUGCCUCAGCUGGUUAUGUUUCACUGAUCAAGUAGAUGUUGUGGAGAGCAAAUGUUAGAUGGUGUGGUGGGAGGCAGGGGGAUAAUGGGCCAUCAUCUAUGCUUCUCAGGUUAAAUAUAUCUGCAGUUCAUGUCCAUUUUUGUUGUUUGGUUGAAGCUCAAAUUUUGCCUUCUGUGAAAUCAAAGCUUUAUUGUACUAAGAGUACACCAUCUGAAUAUAUUAUUAUGAGUUUUGAAGAUAUGAUAUCAAAAGCCAAUUGCCCAUGUGACCACAACACCCUAAUUUCUUUGCCUAAUAACUGUAGAUUCUUGCCUAUAGAAAAAGAAUGGCAAAAAGUCAGCAUUUUUGUACGUGUUUUAACAUUCUAGAAUUAUGGGUUGUGUAUUAUUUUUGGCCACAUACACACUUAUCUGUUUUCAUUUGAAAACGCAUUGAUUUUGCUACCUUUAUGCCUCUCAUCAACACUGGAACAGCAUUUUUGUCCACCAAAAAUGGAGACUUUCAAAAACAUUCUCCAUAACCACAUACUUUGGAAAACGAUGAUGUAAGCAAACUGAAAAUGGAAGUUUAAAAACUGGAUUAGUGAGUAUUUGGCCUUUUGUAGAUCUUAGAAUGAGACCAAGGCCAUGUCCACCCUAAUAAAUGUUCGCUGCAUUUAUGCCUUUUAUCAACACUAAAACUGUGUUUUUCUCCACUGAAAACAGAGCACUACAAAAACACUCUCCAUUACGCCAUAUUUUGGAAAACCAUGACUUUAGGAAACAAAAAAAUUGUUUUCAAAUGAAAAUGGAUUAGUGUGGAUGUGGCCAAAGACAACAGUGAAUUUUGGGAUGGAGACAUCAAGUCUUCAAGUCAAGGAUGCAUUCCAUAACUUAAGAGUAAUAGUUGUUAUAACAAACAGAUGCAGGUAGAAGGACAAGAGGUGGUUUCUUAAGUCUUAAAGGGCUUUCUUAAAGGUUUGUUUCUCUUUUCCUCUACCAAGAAUGUCCUGAGAGUGUGUUGGGCUUCACAAAGCCAUCAAGCUGAUUGCAGUUCUGUGAUUGUAACAAAAAGCACUUUGAGAAAGGCCAUCCAGAAUAAUGUGUGCUGUCUCCUUUGAUUAUUAAUGUUGUUGUUAUUGUUAUUUUUUGUUUUUUGUUAUCUCAUUGUGGAUGUAAUGAUAUAUUUAAAUGCAAAAACUACAUGAAAAGAAAAGAAACUUGAAUAUGCGAUAUAUUUGGGUUGAAGUCCAUUUUAACUGCCGCCCCGAGCCACACACAUCCUUGGAAAGACACAGCAAAACAUGGAAUGUCAUAUGUUCAAGUUGUCGUACCCGUUUUAUUUUAGCAUUUGUUUCCCCACCCAAAUCUCAUCAAAAGAAGACUACAUUUGUUAAAGGAAAUUUUUUCCUGGGCUUUCAUUGUUCUGCAAGAUGCUUCAUAGACAGAAUUUAUAAGAGAGUAGAUCUACGUAGAUUAUUGAUAUUGUUGGGGCCUAACUAUCCCAAACAAUUCUAAUGUCUUAAGCAGUCAGGUUUGAAACAUUAUUAAACUUUCCUGUAUAUGGGUAACAUACAAUAUCUCUGAUUAGUUUCCUUCUAUGUUGUUAGGUGAUAAAUCCACUAGCAUAAAGUAUUUUCCACAUUGCAUAAUGUUAUUUUUGUUGUUGUUUUUUUUCAAGUGUGAAAUUGUCUUUUUUUUGUUUUAGUUUUUGAGACAUUUAUAAGGGACUCAUUAUAUACCAUAUUCCAAGCUUACAUCUCUUGUUCAUUUAAUGUUUCUUGUAUAGAAUCUGUAGCACAGAUGCAAACUCUGCAGAGAAAACCAUAAAUAAUUUUCAGGCUUCAGGGGCACUUUUAAACACAUGUAUAUUUUGGGGCGGCAGAAAAAUUCCCAGAGUCUCAGGCUUGGACAGCAGAAACCCUGUUCUUUUUUUGGUUAAAUCCAGUCCUGUUCCUUUCCAUUGUCUGUCAGUGUGUGUUGAAGCUAUAGAGAUGUAUUUGAGAAUUCGGGAGAAUUUGCACUUUUGGCGAUGAAAAGAAUUUGUAUUGUAUAUGAGACCACUAAAUCUACAUCGUCUUAAUCAAACAAUUCCAUCUUGUUUUCCUUUUAUGUUUUACUCUGUUUUUUCUUUUUGGUUUAUUUUUUUUUCCAAAUAUAUCCAAAAAUGUCUGACGUUUAAGAAAUAAGACAUUUCUAUUAAAAACAGAAUGUUUA